UCAACAUUGUCUUUGAUGAUUAUUUUAUUCGGUUUUAUUGUUUUGUAGCAACACAGGCGAAAGAAAAGUUAAACUUUUUUCUUCUGAAAAUGAUUUAAGCGGAUGAAUAUUGUUAAAAAUGCCAAGUAUUCAAACAAGAUUUAUAUAGUUAUGUAAUCUGUAAGUGCCUCCAACCAAAUGAAAAAUUAAGAGCUUCAGUAACUAUUCAAUCGUUGGCAGCAUCCUGUAAAUUUAUAUAAAGGGACAAUCACUUCCUAACAAAGAUUUUUUGGUUAUCGCUUUAACCUUGGAACGCAAAGGGGAAUAGGUGGUUAUGAAUUUGCAGUCAUUUUUUAGGGAUUUUAAUCCCAGCAAAUUCGUAGUGCACUGCAGCUUGCUUGGAUUUAUAAUAUUGUUUGCUCUCCGCUUAGAUGGUGGCAUUGAUUGGCCAUAUUGGGCCAUUUUUAUGCCAUUAUGGAUAUGGAAAGGAAUCGCCAUUUUGGGUGCCGCAGUCGGUGCUGUAGUUUGGUGCCGUUACCCACAUUAUCGACUUGAAGGUGACUCGUACACGCAAUUCAAGGCAAUGCUGAUAUCCCUCUCACUGCAUCUUAUUUUACUCAUGUUCGAAUUGCUCGCUUGUGACAAAUUAAGUUCUGGCCGACAUCUCUGGGUGCUAGUUUUCAUACCAUUAAUAUUUGGGUCGGUAGCGAGUGUCGGAGCUUGUGUGUGGGCUGUUAAACACGAUCGUUCUUUUGAGCUGGAGCUAUUUUUGGCGGUUAACGCAUUGCAGUUCGUGUCGUUGCCUCUUAAAUUAGACCAAUUCGUCAACUGGAAUUGGGAAGUGGUAUUUGUACCAAUGUGGAUAGUUAUUUGUUUGAGCUUAGUCAGUGUUCUAUACAAUGUAAUAUUUUGCGGCAUUAUGAUGCGUGCACCGGAAAUAUCUUUACAGCAAAAGCGAGCUGCUUUGAAUGCAGCUGUAGGAAAUAUUUGCACAGUACUUCCUUUGCUUUGUUUUCAGGUUGUAAUUUGUGAUAAACUGGAAGGAGAGCUAAAGUUUCCUUAUAUGAUUGUUUUCAGUCCUUUAAUGAUUUCACUAUCUGCAUUAAUUGGACUAAGUUUUAGUGCAAAAGGUGGAAACAAAUGGUGGUUCGGAAUACGUAAAUCCUUCCACCAGUUUUUGUUAUCGGCCAUGCCUUUCCUACAGGAAUAUGGUAAUAUAUCUUAUCACGUGGAUCGGUCAGCAGCUGCGCAAUCAGUUCCUUUGGAUGCUUCUACUAGUAAUGCACAUACAGAAGACUUCGACAAGCACGAUAAAAAGAGCAAAAAGGGAGCCAAAAAUGAUAACAUGAAACCAGUGAUGCCCAUAAUCAGUAUUGAUAUGCCUGACUAAGAUUUUUGCAAUAUUUUAAAAUCAUAAACAAAUAAGAGUCCAAAUACUUUCAUAUAGCUUAAGAUAACUGAAACUAUUAGAAUUUAGAAUGUAUGCGUACAAGUGCACACAAUGAUAUGGCGAUUACAAUUCAUUUGUGCUUGGCGAUUCUGUUGUUUAAGCGAUUUCGCUUCGAAAAUUGCAAGCUAUUGAGUAGCUUAGAAGCACCCAUAUGAGUUCUGUAUGUCCUGUUCAGUUGGUAGUAGAAGGGCUAGAAAAACUCUGACCAAAAUAAUUAAAAUUCUGCCGUAUUUUUAAUUUACCGUUUUAAUUUAAAAUGUGUAAUAUUUUGGUCACCUACUAUUAUUUUUCUAAUUAUCUCUAUAUCACUUUUAAUAAUAACUGUAUAUGUUCUAGGUUAGAAACAAAAGUAAAUAAAAUCUGUAAAGGCAA